AUGGCGGCUUCGCCAGAGUUCUUCCUGCAGGCCUUGCAGCUGCAACAGCUGCAGGCGCUUCAAGCGCUUCAGGGCGGCUUUCCGUUGACAGCUACUCCGGGCGUGACUGAUGCCGCAAGUGCAUUGAAUCCUGCCGCUUUGGCAACCUUGCCUGGAGCCCUGCCUUUGGCUGUUCCAGCCCCGGUGUCUGCGCAAGAUCCACUGGCACUGGCAGCCACGCCCCUUGGCAAGGUUGUGGUAGUGUUGUGGUAG